UGCUUUCGGCUUCAGGACUGAAAGGAUUCACACGGCACUACAUACCUUGGAUACCUCAUUGGACCUAACUCCUCACUUAGUAAAWCUCUAAAAGGAUAUCUACCGUUGUAAGAUAAACGUAGACGAAGAAUACAAAACAAACGAUCAACCUACCUACGUCCUACCUUUUCCCCCGAUAAACAAUGCAUCAAGGACGCAACAAAAAGAUUAUCGAAUACAUCUAAGCUACCGUAUCAUACCUGUAUUACAUAUCGCACAUCAUCACACGAUCAAGGGAUCAUCGCUAUUCAUUUCGUACWAWUCAAACAGUAUCAUUAUUACUUCAUACAAUCCAAACAAACAAACAAACAUACAUACAUACACAACAACAAAAAUUGAAAAACAGAAACAAUUCCAUUCACUCCACAAUCACACAUUUAGUGCCAUACUACACAACAAUUUCCAGAACACAGCAACCCAUCUGUCUAGUCUUAUUCACAACAUACUUAUUACUAUUGGAUCCGAAUUAAGUUUUUAGAAUGCAAUGGACAAGAUAGACGGGGAAAAUACGCCUACAAAUACUACCACCGACACUACAAUGAGUAACAGCGACGAAUUGAACGGAAAAUCGUCCUCUUCUGCGAAGGAGAACGGAGAAGUCAAGAAGGAAUCGCAAGACACAAAAGUAGACAAGGAUGUUGAGAUGAAGGAUGCUUCUGCUGCUGACAAAAGCAAGGACGUUAAGGUAGAAGAWUCUAGCUCCUCCAACAAUUCRAGCAGUGCCACCACAACUCCUGCCUCGAAUGGAGCAGCAGCGGCACCGGCACCAAGUCUUCCCGUACUGCGAGGUACCUUGUCUUACAACUCAGAACCCAGGCAGCACUUGAUUCGAGGAAUGUGGAACUUCGAAAACUCCAAUGCGUUUCCUCCCCAGAAAUUCGAACUCGUUCGAAAUCUACCGGACGACGAAACAGACUUGACGACUCUUCCUAAAGACGGCGAGUUCAAUGGAUCGUUCACCCUGGCUUAUUUCCACACCACUAGCAAGGGGAAACAGAAAGAGCGUUCCAGGGUUAUUGCUGAGUCGGGGGUGAAAAUCAAGUUUACAAAAAUAGAAGAGAAGGAGUCCGAUGAAAAGGGGAGCGAGGAAUACAAGGUAGACGGAACCGGGGCGAAUCAAUUUGGUAUUUUUCACAUCAAUGGAACUGCGAAACCUACCAAGCACGGAGAUGGCCAAUACCAAAUUGAAUUGCGAAAACGAUACGAUGCUCAAGCGACGGCUGCCGCCGGGGCUAGUACCACCGGCAGUGCCACUGGCGGUGCCAAAAAGUCGAAGAAACAGAAAAAGAAUAGCAUGAAAGGAGGCUCUUCAAACUUUGACGAAAGCGACCCUUCCAAGUUACCACCGCCAUCGGUUUCGUACGACAAGAACGUUGUCUGUUUGCGCGGAAAAUUGACGCGGGGAACGGACGGGGAACACGAUGGACUCCUCGACCCACUCUUGGUCUCGUCCGAUAAUUUGAUUCACAAAAUAUCCGGGAUGUGGUCGUCCGGAUUAGACCUGAUGGUAUCCGAUCCCGAAAAUAUACGGGGUCUGUGCAACAAAUUCGAGUACGAGCACAAGAGUUCCAACCCCAAUGCUUCCUUUCCUGUAUCAGGGAGGUAUAGUGGUUGGUUCAAUCUAGACAACGAGCAAGGCGGGAAAACAAAAAUUAACGAGAAGGAUAUUACUCUGCGCUUCCGAAAGAACAAUGCAGGUUACCACAACGUUGAAGGAAAGGGUAGUAAUGCAUUCGGAAAGUACACUAUUACGGGAACCUUGACCAAGGACAACAUCGUAACGAUCUUCCGCCAUUUCAUACCGAAAAAAACGAAGGCAUCGUUGGCAAGCUCUUCGGGAAGUGCGAGCAGCCGAUUGCUGGUCACUUCCGCACCCCCACCUCUCAAUGCUCCGGGGCAGCCACGAACUGCUUCUCCCCAUUAUGGUUCUGCAGGUGCUGCACCGGCGACAAAACAAUUGAGUUUGACUGAUGUCGACAUUCCGGGAGACGAUGACGGGACCCUCGCCGAACCCCUGAAACCUCUUGAACACACGACGUAUUCGGCCGUAUCUCGUGGUGUGCUCAGGGUCAACGAAGAUGGGUCACAUGCGUGCAAAGGAAAAUGGGCUAUGACCCGCGAACAUUUUUCAAGCGGCCAAACGAGCAAUUUCACCGUUCGGUUGGAAGCGCACCACGCUGAAGAAGCAAUAAAAAACAGCGAAAGUACUACGAGUGGCCGUUUGUUUCCCGUGGACUCAGAUAAGUACAAGGGGUCAUUCCAGCUGAAGAAAGGUGGAUCGAGAUACGAAACGAUUAUCGACACGCAAGUCGUAAUGAAAUUCAGAGAAAACACGGCUGGAACCUUCAAUGUAUACGGAAAAGGUGUCAACUCUAUCGGUAUUUUUAAUCUGACGGGAACUCUCAUUGCGAGUGGCAAAACUGGCGGACAAGUCGAACUCUAUCGCGUGUAUCCACCAGAACUGCUUUCUUCAGUUCAAACGACGGCGCCUUCAAAAACCAAGGGUAAGAAAUCGACAGGGCUUCCUGCAGGAUCGAAUCUACCYCCKGCAUUGGCGGCCAAAAAUUUUGGCAACAUGGGAGCACAAGGGGGUAAUUCGUAUUCAACCAUGAUGCCAGGUCCACCACGUGGAGGUGCUGGCAAUAACGGAGCUACAUAUGGCUCAAUGAGUCGAAGGGAAUCCACACGCGUAGUCAAGGUUCCAUCUCGACUAGAAGACGAGGAUCCCGAUGCUCAGUUCUCGAGGAUUAUGGAUAAAUGCAAUGUACUUUUGCGGAUUAUUCGAGAGAAGGACGUGGAGAUGGGGGCGUUCUUCAGUGAGCCAGUUGAUCCAAUUGCAUUAAAUAUCCCCACGUAUCACCAGGUCAUCAAGGAACCAAUGGAUCUGCGGACCCUGAACAAAAAGAUGGAAGCGAACGAAGUGAAAUCUCCCGAAGAAUUCGCUCGCUUGUGUCGCUUGAUAUUUGAGAAUGCUGUCAUGUUCAAUGUUGAUCCAAGUCAUUCCGUGCAUCAGGCUGCACGGAACUUGUUGAUCUUGUUCAACCAGAAAUAUCGUGACGUCGAGCGUCAAGUAGCUAAUUUGCGACGCGUGGGAAUUCAGGAAGAUGGCAAGAGCAAGAAGGGCGACAAAAAACGUAAACGAGGUGGAACAGGUGUCGGAGGACAGGGAUCAGAAGAGGAAACGAAAAGCAUGAAACGAAGGCGACUCGACGAGGCACAUGAAAUGGCCCUGGCCAACAGCCAAGCAAUGACAUCACUUAUCGGGGCAGCGCCCCACCCUUCCWCAACCGACAAUGGCGUAACACGAAAAGAAUUCAACAUUAUGCUCGGAAUGAUUCAGAAACUACAGCACCAAGUCGUUCAAACUUAUACAGCCCUUGCCGAGUUAUCUUCCGAUGAUCCCGGAAGUGGUGUCGUUCGUCGAAGCUUAUACGAUGGUGUUGACUCAGCGGGUGCUACUUCAUCUUCGAGUAAACGCGGUGGUGCUGGUGGCAACAAGAAAAAGGCGAAGAAAAAAACGGAACAACCUAAGCCUACUGAGAAGAGGAAACCGCAGCCUGAACCAGCCAUCGUAGAGGACGACAGCACACCACUCACGUUAGCUGAACAAGAAUUCCUGACAACAACAAUUCCAGAGAUUCACCCAGAUAACAUGCUCGGUUUGAUCCAAAUCAUUAGAGAAGCAGCUAAACUCACUGGUGAAGAAGAAGAAAUUGACAUGGAAAUCGAUCAAUUUGAUACGUCUACUCAACGAAAGCUCUGGAAUUACGUCACAAAGGUAAGAACUGGAUAUCCAAAUCGGAUCCAACAUUUUUUCCAGAUUUUUCUUUUCUCACGUCGUUUCAUCAUCGCUGAUUUUGUGGAUCCAGUUUCACAAGCCAAAGCGACAGAAGAAACAGGCGGCCAAAAAGACAAAAGCGCCCUCUCAAGCAAGCAAGAAAGCUGCUCAGGGCAGAAAAGCUCAAACUGCAAAAGAACAAUCGCCCGCUGCCACGCCCGUUGCGCCUGCUGAAAAACCCAAGUCGGAUUCUUUCUUUUCGUUCGGCAACGAAGAAGACAGCGACUCUGAAUCCGAAGGUGAAAUCGGCGAAGACGAGGAACAGGAAACUGAAGCACAAUCGGGUGCUCAAGACACCUCGAAAGACUUUCAACUUGCUGGAUUGGGAGACGAUGACGAUGAGGACGAGGAUAAGGAUGAUGCGGAUAGUGAUCAUGGCGGGGCAACCAGCUGGAAUAUUUCAAAACUUGAGGAAGAAACAGAGAAGAAGGAUGGGGAUGUUGAUGACGAUUGGGGUGCCGCCAGGGAAAAAGCCGUGGCGGCGACUGCUCGUGAAGAGGACAAGAAAAAGCGUGAGGAAAAGUUGAAGGCUGAGGCAGAACAGCAGAAAGAAAGGAAUUUGGCUAAGGCUGUAGCACACGGGGAAGAGAUCAAAGCACUGCGACAAGCAGAAAUUGAAGAGGAAGCACGCCUUCAAGAAGAAAACGAGAGACAGGCGGAGGAGGAGCGCCAGAAGGUGCGAGAAGAGGAAAGAAGAAGAACCCAGUCUGUGGAACAAACAGUAGAUUUCGACGCAGAGAGAGAAAUCAUGCAACAGCUCGAACAAAACUACGAAGUGGGUGGAGCGAGUCCUUCGUCAGACUUUGGUUUCUAGAAUCUGUAUCUUCUUAGAACAAGUCACUUUGUAUGAUCUUUCGCCUUCGAUAGUCUCGACUCAUCCCACGCUUCGACGUUGGAAAAAGUUGAGGUAAAGACCAUUUUAUGUUCUCGAUGUGAAAGAUAAUAGGGAUAAUAUAUCAUUUUUUUGUGG